AUGUCUUCACCAUCCGGUGUUGGGUCGUAUUCGAACCCUUUGAAGAAAUUCAAGCUUGUCUUCCUCGGCGAGCAAAGUGUCGGCAAGACAUCGUUGAUUACUAGGUUCAUGUACGACUCAUUCGACAACACAUACCAGGCGACAAUUGGGAUUGACUUCCUGUCGAAGACAAUGUACCUCGAAGACCGAACCGUACGACUUCAACUCUGGGACACGGCCGGCCAGGAACGAUUCCGAUCUCUGAUUCCUUCUUACAUUCGCGACUCCAGUGUAGCAGUCGUGGUUUACGAUAUCUCAAAUGCCAAAUCCUUCCAGAACACCCGGAAAUGGAUCGACGAUGUGCGGGGCGAGCGAGGAAACGACGUGAUUAUCGUGCUGGUGGGUAACAAGACUGAUUUGAGCGACAAGCGUGAAGUCACAACGGCGCAAGGUGAAGAGGAGGCGAAGAAGAACGGUCUCAUGUUCAUCGAGACUAGUGCAAAGGUUGGCCACAACGUCAAGCAGCUUUUUAGGCGGAUAGCUCAAGCUCUGCCCGGCAUGGAGGGAGAAGCCAACAGGGGAGAAAGCCAGAUGAUUGACGUUAACAUCCAACCCAAAGAAACGACGAGUAACGAAGGAUGCGCCUGCUGA